AGCUCCUAAGUCACAAAGCCUCAGGUGGGUGGGCAUCUUUUCGACAGGGCUCCCAGCAAUAGAGCAGUCCUACUCUCCUGGAUGAGCUGGAGAAGGAGCCCCCUCUCCCAGACAGAGUUGGGUUCAAAUUCAUGUGCAUCCCAUUCCCACCAAAGCCCACUCUUCCCAGGGCUUGCUGAGAGGGAAGAAUAACUGCAGGCUCCCCUAGGGUGUGUCAAUGUGAGGGAAGUACACAAAGUUUGAGACAGAGGUGAAUGGACAGGUGUGCUUCUUGGGGAAGCAGUCAAGAGGUGGCAAGAAGUUAAGUUGCUCUCAAGAGGGUCCUGGCACUAUGGACGAUGACAAACCUCUUCAGCCUGAGACAGAAGAUGAGACUCCAACCGAGCCAGCACCACAGAGCAGCGAUGAAGCGCUCUACAGUGAGGCCGAAGCCCCGCAGACUGUCAGAAAAGUGAAACCAGACCGGGAGAAUUCAGAAACAGACCUGGAGAUCGAAGAUAAUGAGAAGUUUUUCACCACUGGACAAAAGGAGCUGUACCUGGAGGCCUGCAAACUGGUGGGUGUAGUGCCUGUCUCAUACUUCAUCCGGAACAUGGAAGAGUCCUACAUGAACCUCAACCACCACGGCCUGGGCCCCAGGGGUACCAAGGCAAUUGCUAUAGCCCUGGUGUCCAACACGACUGUUACCAAACUGGAGCUGGAAGAUAACGGCAUCACGGAGGAGGGCAUCUUGAGCCUGGUGGAGAUGCUACAAGAGAACUACUACCUCCAGGAGAUGAAUAUUUCCAACAAUCAACUUGGUUUGAAGGGGGCCAGAAUCAUCUCAGAUUUCCUUGAAACAAAUACUUCUUCCAUCUGGAGCCUUGAGCUUUCAGGAAAUGACUUCAAGGAAGAAUCUGCAGCACUGCUCUGCCAAGUCCUGUCGAGCAAUUACCGAAUUAAGAAGCUGGAUCUCAGCCACAAUCAAUUCUCUGAUGUAGGAGGGGAGCACCUGGGACAGAUGCUGGCCACCAAUGUGGGGCUCACGUCACUGGAUCUGAGCUGGAAUCACUUUCACACACGGGGAGCUGUAGCCUUGUGCAAUGGUCUCCGGGGUAAUGUGACCCUGACAAAACUGAACCUCUCCAUGAAUGGCCUCGGGAAUGAGGGAGCCCUGGCCCUAGGGGAGGUUCUCCGACUCAACAGCUGCCUGGUCUACCUGGAUGUCAGCGGCAAUGACAUCAGCAACGAAGGGGCCUCCAAAAUCAGCAGAGGAUUGGAGUCCAAUGAAAGCCUCAAAGUUCUGAAGCUUUUCCUGAAUCCCAUAAGUGUAGAUGGGGCUCUUUUACUUAUCCUGUCUAUCAAGAGGAACCCCAAAUCCAGGAUGGAAGAGCUUGAUAUUUCUAACGUGCUAGUGUCCGAGCAGUUCGUGAAAACGUUGGACGGAGUGUAUGCCGUUCACCCGCAGCUGGACGUGGUGUUCAAGGGAGUACAAGGCCCUUCUGCCAAGAACAUCAACUCCUUGUUGACAAACCCCAUGAAACUGAUCCAGAGCUAUGCUGACCGGCACGGAAUCACGGUGGAAGACUUCUUCAAGAGCCUGAACCCUACCGGGACAACGAGGAUGUCUGUUGGCGACUUCCAGAAAGUGAUGAUAGAGCAAAACAAGGUCCCUCUGAACCGGUACCAGGUCAGGGAGGUGAUAAAGAGGCUGGAUGAGAAGACAGGCAUGGUGAACUUCAGUUUCUUGAAGACAGUGAAGCCGUAGCAACAAGUCUGGUCUGGAAAGAAGUCUUGGCGAGAGAAGUCCCGGCAAGUUGGAUGGUGGCAGGGAGGAGACCAACAGGUGGCCGAAAUCUCGAUGGACAGAUGCCGUGGCCAGCGCUGGGCACAAGCAAAUAAAGUCUGGCUUGGUGCUGGGUGUCCUGGGCUGCUGGUGGUAUGCCCGUCACCAGGGGGAACCACCUUUUGCUUUUAGUGACCACCGGGGACAUGUUGGUGCAGCCUGGUUAAGAGCUGCACAGACAAUUGGGAACGUGAUGGGUUUGCUAGGCAGCAGGGAAAGAGCCUCAGGAAACAGGUCGGGGCCGAGGGCAGUAGUCACAGCAAUUAGCAACAGAGUCCGGGGAGACCUCCUUGGUGGGAGGCAGUGGCGGGGGAACAGAUGCUGAGGGAAGAAAGGCAGGGGCUUUAUUUAUUUAUUUUUUUUUGAGACCGAGUCUCGCUCUGUCACCCAGACUGGAGUCCAAUGGUGUGAUCUCAGCUCACUGCAACCUCUGCCUCCCGGGUUCAAGUGUUUCUCCUGCCUCAGCCUCCUGAGUGGCUGAGAUUACAGGCACCCACCAUCACACCCAGCUAAAUUUUGUAUUUUUAGUAGAGACAGGGUUUCAUCAGGUUGGCCAGCCUGGUCUCAAACUCCUGACCUCAGGUGAUCCACCCUCAUCAGCCUCCCAAAGUGCCAGGAUUACAGGCAUGAGCCACCACACCCAGUCACAGGGGCCUUUAGGAAGCAAACAAAUGCUGUGGGGUCACAAGGAGUGGCCAGGAUGGGAGACCAAGAGAAUGGGCAUCUCAUCCUGGCCACAUAACCUUGGAGCCUGGGUGGCUCCCCUUGAAAAUGGAGCAGCUGAAAUAAAGCCUUCCCAGUUCAUGCUAGGAGUCUAUCAUUCUGCAUUUCACCUUUAAAUUCCUUGGGAAACUGGGGAGACAGAAAGAGCUUAGCGAAGAAAAGAAACAGCCAAGAACAGCAGUCACUGAUUAGGUGGGUGGAAUAGGCACUCUCGGGAGCUUUGACGCACCAGAGAAGGGUCUAGGAACCAAGUCACCAUCCCCUGCGUUUCACUUGGCUUCACCAAGGGUGGAGGUAAACACCAAGACCCCUCUGCACAUGCAGCAGAAUAUUGGAAAUAAUUUAUGUCCUGACUCAUGUGCUAUAUUUCCCCCUAUUCUCUUCCUUAUUAAAAUCUUAGCUUUGCCAGUAGUGGUGGUUCAUGCCUAUAAUUCCAGCAGUUUGGUUGGCUGAGGUGGGAGGAUCAUGGGGUCAGGAGUUCAAGACUAGCCUGGCCAAGAUGGUGAAACCCCCGUCUCUACUGAAAUACAAAAAUUAUCCAGGCAUGAUGGUGGGUGCCUGUAAUCCCAGCUACUCAAGAGCCUGAGGCAGAGAACUGCUUGAUCCCAGGAGGCAGGGGUUGCAGUGAGCCGAGAUCGCGCCACUGCACUCCAGCCUGGGUGACAGAGCGAGAUUCUGUCUCAAAAAAAAAAAAAAAAUCUUAGCCUUUGUGAGGUUUAGGUACAGGGUAGGAGUUUCUAACAAGACUCAUCCCUCCCUAGUGCCCAUUUCCCCCAGCCUAAGCUUACUGGGGAGAACAGAACAGAGAAGGGUGAGAAGGGUGAGUCACAGCAGCCCCCAGAGGAGCUUCCCCAGCACUGCUGGGAGGAGAGGGAGGCCUUCAAGUAUGGCAGAACCUCAGAGCAAGUAGCUGAGCUGUGCCCUGGAGGCUGACUGUUGGUCUGGGCUCCCAGUCUGGCAGAGCUCCCUUGCCCCAAACAUAGCAUGAGGUCAGCAGAACAGCAGCUUUCAGGGACCUCCUGGGCUGGAACAAAAGACCCCCAGCAAUAAUCAGUGUGGACUAGUGACCAAUAGGCAGAGGGCCUCUCCUGACAAGUGGGCACCCUGGAGGCUCACUGGCACCACCCUGAGCACGUUCCUGAAAUGGAAUUUCCAUCAACUUGGUGGAUUAGGGGCUCGAAGUCAAAAUGAGGAUGAUGAAGGGAAUAUAAAAAAACACAAAGGCUGGGUGCAGUGGCUCCAGGCUGUAAUCUCAGCACUUUGGGAAGCCGAGGCAGGCAGAUCAUCUGAGGUCAGGAGUUCGAGACCAGCCUGGCCAAGAUGGUGAAACCCUGUCUCUACUAAAAAUACAAAAAUUAGCUGGGCAUGGUGGCAGGUGCCUGUAAUCCCAUCUACUCAAGAGGCUGAGGCAGGAGAAUCACUUUCACUUGAACCCAGAAGGCAGAGGUUGCAGUGAGCUGAGAUUGCGCCAUUGUACUCCAGCCUGGGCGAGAAAAGUGAAACUGUUUAACAAAAAAAAAAAAGAAUACUCUGUAGAUAUCUGCUCUAUCUACCCAAAUAAAGUGAAGUCCUUGACGUAUGGGAUCAUGUCUCCUUUUUCUGAGACAGAGUCUCGCUCUGUCACCCAGGCUGGAGUGCAAUGGCAUGAACACAGCUAACUGCGACCUCCAGAUUCAAGCAAUUCUCGUGCCUCAUUCUCCCAAGAAACUGGGAUUACAGGCUUGCGCCACCAUGCACAGCGAAUUUUUUAUAUUUUUAGUGGGGACAGUGUUUCCCUAUGUUGACCAGGUUGGUCUUGAACUCCUGGCCUCAAGUGAUCUGCCUGCCUCAGCCUCUUAAAAUUCUGGGAUUACAGGUGCGAGCCACCUGUAAUGGGAUGAGAUCCUGUCUUUUAAAUCUGUUAUAAUCCAUAAAAUUCUCCAGUUCCCCUGCCUGUAACUGAGUGUCCCAUCAACGUUGGUGCCCAGGUGGAACCCUGAGGGUUAUGUGUGGGCAAGGAAAGGCUAUGAAAUAUCAAAAUGUGUCAUGGACAAGUUACAAAUUUGUAAUGUUUAUGGAUCAA